AUGACAUGGACUGUUUCCUCAAUUCAGGAGGAGGAGACAAAGGCAAAGGUUGUUAAGAAAGGCCCUGCUAAUAAAGCUGAAGAAAAUUCCGAGUCUUCUCUUCCUUCUGAUGAUGGCAAGCCCCGCAAACUGGGUACUCUUCCUGCGUACGAUUUCAAUUUUAAGUGUGAUGAGAGGGCUGAGAAAAGAAGAGAGUUCUACACAAAACUCGAGGAAAUUCAUGCAAAGGAAAUGGAGAAGAACAAUUUGCAAGCCAAGACUAAGGAAUCUCAGGAAGCCGAGAUUAAAAUGUUAAGAAAGAAAUUGGGUUUCAAAGCAACACCGAUGCCAAGCUUCUAUCAGGAACCUGCACCUCCAAAGUUGGAACUGAAGAAGAUACCUACUACAAGAGCCAAAUCUCCCAAGCUUGGUCGAAAGAAGACUUCAUCUACGGCCGAAUUGGAAGAAAAUGAUGCCCCCAUUGCUCGCCCAAGUAGGAUGAGCUUGGAUGUGAAAUUUUCGAAAGGUAAUGUUGCCAAGACGCCACCUCCCGUUGCCCUUGUCAAGAAGCCACUACGAAAAUCGCUUCCUAGGUUGCCCUCCGAGACCUCCACCUUGUCCGGUGAAAGGAAGAAGGCUAUAGCUCAGAAGACGGCUUCCAAAGAAGCAGCAGAAUCCAGACGCGAUAUGAGUGAAGCUGCAUCUGCACAGAAACAGGAGGGCGAGACUGGUGCUGAGGCAAAUGGGAGUGAGAUGUGCAUGGAGAACAACGAAGCUGCUCUGGAAUCACAAGAACAAGAUAGUUUGGUGCACGAGCCGAUUGCAGUAUGAGGUGAAAGAAUAGCUCCAAUGCAGGCUAUGCAUCUUUUCUGAAAACGACGACGAUAGUCUAUAUUGGAGCAAGGCAUGGGAGUAGAGUGUAAGGGGUGCCGGUGUCUCAUUUUAUUACCCCUAAGUCAGCAAUGAAGUUUGGUUGUUUGAUAUGUUUUUGUUAUGUGUUUGCUGAGUGUGGAGAAUUUGUUAUCCUAAUUUAUGGUUUAGGGCAUGAUUGUCACCCGAGUCAGUGAAAAUUUUGGGGUGUUGGAAUGGAUUCCAUCUCGAAAACA